AUGGAUGUGGGGCUCCCACCGGAGCUGUCUCCGGCCGAGGAUCCGGCCCUGCUGCUCUCUCACUUCUGCUUCUGCCCCUUGGAUUUCCAGAGUGAAGCUUAUGCCGAGCUGAGCCUGUACACGAUUCCAGUUCAGAUAAAGUCAGAUUUGAAAAGCUGUGUCGACAUCGAGAUGCUGAGGGAGGCACCCAGACAUCUCACGGGUUUGGGUCUGGCCCUGCUGCUCUGUCAGUUCUGGGGAUGUUUCUGCCUCUUGGAUUUCCAGAGUGAAGCUCAUGCCAAGCUGAGCCUGUACACGACUCCAGUUCAGAUAAAGUCAGAUUUGAAAAGCUGUUUUGACAUCGAGAUGCUGAGAGACAUCCAGUUUGAAUACAUGAUUUUAGCUACAAUCAUAGCCAAUUGUAUUGUGCUGGCUCUGGAACAACAUUUGCCGGAUGGAGACAAGACACCGAUGUCAGAGAGAUUGGACGACACCGAGCCGUACUUUAUUGGAAUAUUUUGUUUUGAAGCUGGUAUCAAAAUCAUCGCUCUGGGCUUUGUUUUUCACAAAGGCUCUUACCUGCGCAACGGCUGGAACGUGAUGGAUUUCGUCGUGGUCCUCACAGGGAUUCUGGCGACUGCUGGGACAGAUUUUGACCUGCGGACCCUGCGAGCCGUGCGGGUGCUGCGGCCGCUGAAACUCGUGUCAGGAAUCCCAAGCCUGCAGGUUGUCCUCAAGUCCAUCAUGAAGGCCAUGGUGCCCCUGCUGCAGAUUGGGCUGCUCCUCUUCUUCGCCAUCGUGAUGUUUGCCAUCAUUGGGCUGGAGUUUUACAUGGGCAAAUUCCAUAAAACCUGCUUUUCCAACGAGACAGGUGAGGAGGUGGGGGACUUUCCCUGUGGAGAGGAGCCUCCUGCCAGGCAGUGUGAGAGCGGGACCACGUGCAGGGAGUACUGGCAGGGCCCCAACUACGGCAUCACCAACUUUGACAACAUCCUCUUUGCUGUGCUCACCGUCUUCCAGUGCAUCACCAUGGAGGGCUGGACCGACAUCCUCUACAACCGCCUCCUUGGAGCCAGGUUUGCCCAGCUGUGGCACUUCCACACACGUGAAUUUGCCAAGGAGCGGGAGCGGGUGGAGAACCGCCGGGCGUUCCUGAAGCUCCGCAGGCAGCAGCAAAUCGAGCGGGAGCUCAACGGAUACCUGGAGUGGAUCUUCAAAGCAGGCGUGAGCAACUUUAACCGGGACCCAGACACAUUAAUUUAA